GAUUAGUGGUCAUUGCGAGUCUGCGACCACACUCAAAUCUCUACUAUCUUUUGUUACAAUUGGGAGAAGAUGGCUCCUCCCUUCUCCUCUCUCUCGGGUCUCGUGUGUAAGGGUGGACAAUCAUUUCCAAUUUAAAUGAAAAAUCCCAGUGGGGAGAGAAAGGGGGGUCAGUGCCUUUACUUUACUGUCUAAACUCCUUUUUGUCAGUUGUGAUGAACUAUUGCUUGGUCGGGAAAAAGAGGAAAAUUUGGACCUACCUAUCUCGCUACUGAACUAGUUGCUCACCCAUACAUAUGGGUACUCCAACAACAGCGACGCAACUGGCUCGUCCUUGUCAAUACAUCCAAUGACUAGUCUACAAUCCUACAUAUAGAUCAUCCCUCGGCCAUAAAGAAUGAUUUGAGUUUUAUACUCAUCUCGUACGACGGAUCGAUCAGAGGUAACCUAGAUAGUUGUGGAGUCGAUCCAGCUCUCAAAUAGAUUUCACUUUCAUCUUAGCAAAAAGGCCGAGAAAGGUAUGGCUACCAACAUAGAGAAAUAUUGGUACAUUUUAAAGAUGUAGUCCAAGCUCUAAGAAUGUGAUACAUUAUAUGUAAAAAAAAAAAAAGAAGCAUAACUACUAGAGAAAUAGUGGAGGAGAAAAAUGCUCCACGCAAGAAAGAAAUUUCCAAUUCUCUUUUUAUGUGGACAUUGUGCUUACUCCCAUGGCUACCCAUCAAUUGGCCUGCAUCGGCAUGGGCUCCUUUUGUUUGGUGGCACACUUUAGUCUUGUUGGCAGAAUGUGAUUGGCCAUUCCAAGUAUAAUGGAUGGGGAUCUCUCUAGAGUCUACUCCCUCCAAGUAUUAUACGGUAUAAGUAUUUUACACUUGCUUUCUAGUUUCUACACUUCAUGUGGUUCUCAAUAAUCCUGACAUUCUCUAUAUAUACUUCUCUCGAACCCACCCAUUUCAGACAGACAAAAACAGACCAGAAAAAACCUUGGAUAAUCAUGGAUGCCAUUUGCUUUCUCAGUUCCUCAAAUCCACUCACCAAAACUGCUGCACUAGAAUUCCCCUGUUCAAGAAGAUGCUCCAAUGGAUCACCCUUUCAACCCAAAAAAGUUCGCCUUUCCUCCUCCAUUACAUGUUGCCAAUCGGCGGGAUCGUCCGACGAUCUGCAGCAGCACAGCCAGUCCUUCCUUCAGGCGGAUUGGAGAUGGUUCAGGGCAAAAAUGGUUGCUAACGAGCAAGCAUUUAUGACCGCGAGCACCGGGAAAAUCUCGCUGGCGGCAGAUCCAGACGAGACCCCGAGAGCAAAACAGCCGCUGGAGCUGGUGACGGUGGGAGACAGAUGGGCCCACGCGAUUCACGAGCCGGAAAAGGGAAGCCUUCUCAUCGCAACGGAGAAGCUGGACGGGGUCCACAUCUUCGAACGGACGGUGGUCCUUCUCCUGUCAACGGGCCCGGCCGGCCCAUUGGGCAUCAUCCUCAACCGCCCAUCCCUCAUGUCCAUCAAGGAGAUGCGAAACGCCGCAACGACGUCGUCCUCUCUGUCUCCGGAAGCGUUCUCGGGCCGGCCGUUGUUCUUUGGGGGCCCAUUGGAGGAAGGCCUGUUUCUGGUGAGGCCCAGAGGAGGGUACGACAAGGACAGGCUGGCGAGGAGCGGGGUAUUCGAGGAGGUGAUGAAAGGGUUGUACUACGGGACGAAGGAGACGGCCGGGUGCGCGGCGGAGAUGGUGAAGAGGAAUAUGGUCGGCGUCGGAGAUUUCAGAUUCUUCGACGGGUAUUGCGGUUGGGAGACGGAGCAGUUGAGGGAUGAGAUUAAUGCUGGGUAUUGGACUUUGGCGGCUUGUAGCGCGAGUGUUAUUGGGCUGGAUAAGGAGGCUCGUUUUGGGCUUUGGGAGGAUGUAUCCUGGCUUGUCGGCCCAAAAGCGGUGUCCUGACUCCUGACCAGAUAGAUUACUGUACUGGAAUUUGUAUAUGAGUUCUUAGGCGGGAGUUAUGGUGCUAAUUGUACAAUAGUUAGCACCGUUCUAAUUAAGGGAAAAACUACUACUAGUUUGAAUUAGUAGUGAUUUAGUUUACAUGUUGUAUUGAUUUUAUAAUAAUCCGUAGUGAUUUCGUUAUUUUUAGUAGCGUUUUGUGAGUGUUGUUUGUUAUGUGAGGAUUGAAUUAUAUAUUUCCUAUAUCGUUUUGUAUAUUCUAAGUUGUCAGUUUUUGUGCGCUAUUUUCUUUACUAAUUAAUCUUUUUGUAUUCAACGAAAAAAAAAUCUUUUUGUCGUAAGACAUUAUUAUGUAUCAUUUCUGGUAUGUGAUUAGCUUGUGUUUCUUUCAAGAAUUGUUUCAUGCUUUUGUUUUGUAGAUGUUUUGCCUUUGUUGUAUAGGUUUUAGUGAUAUGAAAUAUUGAGAUGAGAUUUGUGGGCAAACCUUUUACCUCAUAUUUACUUGUAGAUGGUAAAAGUAGUAGAUGACAAUGAACCACAGAAAGAAAGGGAGAUGAUAUGUACUUUUCACUAAAAUGUAUUCUCUUUAUGCCUCUAAUAGUUCUUGAAAAUCAAAACUUAAAAAUUGGUUUACCUAAAGAGUCAUUUUUAUGACGACUAAAUCUGAUAAUGGUUUCUCAUGGGUCGUUUGGAAGUUGCAAUUAUUAAAUAGAUGUAUUGUUGAAAAUGCAUGUAUAAUAUUAUACAUGUAUUGUCGAAUUUGAUGCAUUGUAGAAUACAAUGUUUGGUAUGUGUGAUUGUGUAUGUCGCAUCAGCUAAAAGCUGAGACAAAACAAUAUCAACUCAACUAUCUCAACAAUCACAACUAAAAGUUGAGAUAUAACAAUCACUCAAAAUGAGUGAUAGUUUCUGUCACAUCACAUAAACAAUCCAGGUAUUGUUUCUGCUAAAAAAACAAAAAAAACGUUGCAUUGUAAACAAUACAUGCAUAAUGACAAUCUCAACAAAACAAUCGCAACUUCCAAACGACCCCUGCAGUUUCUCUUAUGUGUUCUAGGCUUCUAGCAUCUCAAGAUGAUUGAAGUUUGCUUAGCAUCUGCCAUGACCCACAAAUCACUUAGCAAAUGAAAUUCAUACAAAUCUUAUACACAACUGAUGCUAUUAAAGUGGUUGUUGUUAGGAGUGGGCAAUGGGUUGGUCUGGACCACACCAAAUCGAAUCGAUGUUUUGGUCGGAUCACACCGAAUUGAAUAUAAUAUGGUCCGGUCU